AUGAAGCUUAUUGUCACCGUACCUCCUCUUAGUCCCGAUGUCAUUGAUUUGAGAGAUAAAGACGCCGAGAAUUUCAUCUCGGGUGCAAAGCAUACCGAGAGCAGUUACCAGGCGAAGACGAUUUGGGAGUCUUGGUGUACGCAAACCUGUUCAACAAUGCCGCCGCCACUAUGCACUUUGAAUCUACGCAGUCACCGCCUCGGUGUAAGCCCGCCCGCAUCCAAUAGUCAGACCUCUAUCCCCCCUCGCCGACGUUGCAUUCCUCCCACUCCCACGCUUGUCCUCCUGGGAGAUGCUGCCACGAGGGCCGCGGGCUGA